CAGCAAUGUGAGUGCAGCAGGAAUGGAAGUCAACGGCACAGUUAGCGAUGGUGAAACACUUCGAUCUCAGUUCCUGCAACUACUUCGUAGUAGACGAAAUUCUCAAGUUCCUUUGAUUGUGGAACCUGCAAAUCUUGUAGUUUACCCUCUUUAUCAAGAAGUUCCUCCCCCAACUUUCAGUGAGGCAAUGGAGUCUUGUCCAAAGGCCAACAUUGAAAACCUUAAGGAACCACUUAAAGAGGAAAAUCUUUAUUUCUAUACCGAGGCAGGAGAUCAAGGGAAAUUGCCCUUGUUAAUAGUAAGCAUGAAAGAAAGCAAUAUCGGAAGUAGGCCUGCUGUUGUUUUUCUGCAUAGUACACAUGAAUGCAAAGAGUGGUUAAGUCCAUUGCUUGAGGCUUAUGCUUCACGGAGAUAUGUAACCAUUGCUGUCGAUUCCCGCUACCACGGCGAACGUGCCACUGGUCUAACCACUUGUAAAGAUGCUCUGGUAUCAUCAUGGAAAAAUGGGGAUACGAUGUUGUUCAUAUUUCGGGUUUGGGACUUAAUAAAGCUUGCAGAUUAUUUAACGCAGAGAGAGGACAUAGAUCCUAGUAAGAUUGGGAUUACUGGCGAAUCACUUGGAGGUUUGAUGCAUGCGUGGCUUGCUGCUUUUGCGGACACCCGCUAUGCAGUGGCAGCCCCAAUUAUUGGUGUUCAGGGAUUUCGAUGGGCAAUAGAGAAUGACAAGUGGGAGGCUCGAGUUAACAGUAUUAAGGCCGUCUUUGAAGAAGCCAGGAACGAUUUAGGCAAGAAUAAAAUUGACAAAGUGGUGGAGAAGGUUUGGGAUAGGAUUGCUCCUGGUCUAGCCUCCCAGUUCGAUGCACGGUCCCGGAUAAAUGAAUUGCUCUGGAAGUUUUAAUUUUACUGUUGGUUUUUUAUACUCGCCUUUAAUUUUUCUCAUCGGCUUUGACAACCUUUAGGAGCUAAAGAUGACCUUGCCCCAUCGCUGGCCUAGAAACUCCCAAGAUAAGAACAGGCAAGGCCUAUAAAGAGACCCAUUGUUCAGAUAAGUUCAAGGUCAUGGCACAGCCUGAAACUGGGCAUCAAAUGACACCAUUUAUGGUGAAAGAAGCGAGUGAUUGGUUCGACCGGUUCCUCAAGUAGUUGUAUUUAUCGUUCGAGUUAUGAUUUCUGUAACUGUUUUGUUGUUGUUGGAACUGUACUUUUG